AAAGAAGCUGCUGGAUCCAGGGUUGAAGGUUCGUAAAAGCCUCUGGGAUUAUACUCUGAAGAACCAGCAUAUGGAAUGCCUGAGUGACUGAAGAAAAUGGGUGCUAAUGCAUCUAACUAUCCUCAUUCGUGUUCCCCGAGGAUAGGGGGGAAUUCACAGGCUCAACAGACUUUUAUAGGGACAUCAUCCUAUUCUCAGCAAGGCUAUGGUUGUGAGUCAAAAUUGUAUAGCCUUGACCAUGGCCACGAGAAACCACAAGACAAAAAAAAGAGAACCUCUGGCCUUGCCACCCUCAAAAAGAAGUUUAUUAAGCGUCGAAAAUCGAAUAGGUCUGCGGAUCACGCCAAGCAGAUGCGAGAACUCCUCUCAGGGUGGGAUGUUAGAGAUGUCAAUGCAUUAGUGGAGGAGUAUGAGGGAACUUCCGCGUUAAAGGAGCUUUCUUUACAUGCCAGUUUGGCUAGACCAGAAGCCCGGACUUUGCAGAAAGACAUGGCUGACCUUUAUGAGUACAAAUACUGUACUGAUGUAGACUUAAUAUUCCAAGAAACUUGUUUUCCUGUUCAUCGUGCCAUUUUGGCAGCGAGAUGUCCAUUUUUUAAAACACUGCUUUCUUCCUCACCUGAAUAUGGGGCAGAGAUAAUAAUGGACAUCAAUACAGGUGGUAUUGAUAUGUCCAUGUUUUCUGCUUUGUUACAUUAUCUUUAUACAGGAGAGUUUGGAAUGGAGGACUCAAGGUUUCAAAAUGUGGAUAUCCUGGUUCAGCUUAGUGAAGAAUUUGGAACACCAAAUUCCCUUGAUGUAGAUAUGCGUGGACUUUUUGAUUACAUGUGUUAUUAUGAUGUUGUCCUUAGUUUUUCUUCAGACUCUGAACUGAUUGAAGCUUUUGGUGGAAAUCAGAACUGUUUGGAUGAAGAGCUCAAAGCCCACAAGGCUGUUAUUUCUGCACGAUCCCCAUUUUUUCGAAAUUUAUUACAAAGAAGGAUACGGACUGGUGAAGAAAUCACAGACCGAACUUUGAGGACUCCCACAAGAAUUAUAUUAGAUGAGUCCAUUAUACCAAAAAAAUAUGCAAAAGUGAUAUUACACUGUAUGUAUACCGACGUGGUGGAUCUUUCUGUUUUGCACUGUAGCCCCUCUGUGGGGAGUCUCAGUGAAGUUCAGGCUCUCGUCGCAGGGAAGCCAAACAUGACCAGGGCAGAAGAAGCCAUGGAACUUUACCACAUAGCACUGUUCUUGGAAUUUAACAUGCUUGCACAAGGCUGUGAGGAUAUCAUUGCUGAGAGCAUCUCAUUAGAUACUUUAAUUGCCAUCCUCAAGUGGAGCUCUCAUCCAUAUGGCUCUAAAUGGGUGCACCGACAAGCUUUACAUUUCCUCUGUGAGGAAUUUUCCCAGGUCAUGACUUCGGAUGUUUUUUAUGAACUCAGCAAAGACCAUCUGCUUACUGCUAUCCAGUCUGACUACCUACAGGCGAGUGAACAAGAUAUCCUUAAAUAUCUGAUUAAAUGGGGAGAGCAUCAGUUGAUGAAAAGAAUAGCAGAUAGAGAGCCAAAUUUACUGAGUGGCACUGCCCAUAGUGUGAACAAAAGAGGUGUGAAAAGGCGAGACCUGGACAUGGAAGAGCUUAGAGAGAUCCUUUCUUCUCUCUUACCUUUUGUGCGAAUUGAACACAUCUUACCUAUGAACAGUGAAGUCUUAAGUGAUGCAAUGAAAAGAGGCUUGAUUAGUACUCCUCCAUCAGAUAUGCUUCCGACAACAGAAAGUGGAAAGUCAAAUGCCUGGUUACGACAAAAAAAUGCUGGUAUUUAUGUUCGUCCUCGACUGUUCUCUCCCUAUGUGGAAGAAGCAAAGUCAGUGCUAGACGAGAUGAUGGUGGAACAAACAGAUCUUGUGCGUUUGCGAAUGGUUAGAAUGUCCAAUGUGCCAGACACGCUCUACAUGGUCAGUAAUGCCGUGCCACAGUGUUGUCACAUGAUCAGCCACCAGCAGAUCAGCAGUAACCAGUCAAGCCCUCCUUCAGUUGUAGCCAAUGAAAUUCCAGUUCCUCGUCUCCUCAUCAUGAAAGACAUGGUCAGACGACUGCAGGAACUACGGCACACUGAGCAGGUGCAGAGGGCCUAUGCGCUGAACUGCGGGGAAGGCGCCACCGUCAGCUAUGAAAUUCAGAUUCGAGUACUGAGAGAGUUUGGUCUUGCAGAUGCGGCAGCAGAGCUCUUGCAGAAUCCUCACAAGUUCUUUCCUGAUGAACGCUUUGGGGAUGAAAGUCCACUUUUGACAAUGAGACAGCCUGGAAGAUGUCGCAUUAAUAGUACCCCUCCUGCAGAAACCAUGUUUACAGAUCUGGACUCUUUUGUGGCCUUCCAUCCACCCUUGCCCCCUCCACCGCCUCCGUACCAACCCCCCGCUACCCCGGUCCACAACCAGUUCAAAGCCGGCUGGAAACAGAGACCCAGUCAGCAUCCCUCACGCUCGUUUUCUUACCCCUGUAAUCAUUCGCUGUUCCACUCUAGAGCAGCUCCUAAAGCUGGUCCUCCCCCAGUCUACUUGCCGGGUGUUAAGGCUGCACCCCCCGACUGCACCAACAUGGCAGGACUGGGGAGACCGACGGUGGCUGCUGCAGCCGCCACUGCCGCCGCUGCUGCCACCACCACCAUGUCAGCAGCAGUGGCAUCCGAGAAGCAGGUGCGAACGCAGCCUGUGCUGAACGACCUGAUGCCAGAUAUUGCUGUGGGUGUGUCCACACUGUCACUCAAGGACAGGAGGCUUCCGGAGCUUGCUGUAGACACAGAAUUAAGCCAGUCAGCUUCUGAAGUGGCACCAGGGCCUCCCCAGCAUCUGUCAUGUAUUCCACAGAGGCAUACACACACUUCUCGAAAAAAACACACACUAGAGCAAAAAACAGAGGCCAGAGAAAAUCAGCAGGAAUACCCGGAUUUCUAUGAUUUCUCAGAUGCUGCUUGCAGACCUCCUCCUGCCCCCAGUAGACGUGCCCCUUCUCCUUUGCAAGGUGGAUAUUUUGGUCCUGAUUUGUACAGCCACAGUAAGGCAUCACCAAGUGGCUUAAAGUCAGCCUAUUUACCCAGCCAGACCUCUCCUAAAAAACAGGAAGAAGCUAGGAGAGAAUAUUCACUUUCCCCUGAUGGGCAUCUACACAGACAAAAGAGUGAGCCAAUACACCUGGAUGUCGUUGAACCACCUACCCAGCGGCCAGACUUUUCUUUGGCAGCCCCGGAAAGUGCUAGUACUGGUCCAGCCCAUGUCAGGGGCCGAACUGCAGCAGAAACUGACUUGACUUUCGGGCUGACUCCUAACAGACCUUCCCAUUCUGCAUGUAGCUCGGAAGCUUCUGAAGAGAGAUCCGGUAGAAGACUGGUGGACGGCGCGUCCCUGGGUCCUGGAGCUCAGAGAAGCACAGAUUUGGAAAGGGGAGACUCCAUAAGCAGAGGAAGGAGGUCGCCCAGCAAGCCAGACUUCCUCCACAAAAAGUCUGCCCUCUGAGGGCCGCCUCCCAGUCGUCCGUGCCUGGAUGUGAAACAUCCCAUUUUAUGAUGUAACCCGACAACUUACAGACCAGUUUAUCGAUGCCAGCUGAUAACUCAGUUCACAUUGCUUUGUUCUAGUUUUUAUAGAUAUAUAUGUGUGUGUUUAUUAGACAUGGCAUGCUAAGAGGGUUUUUUUGUUUUUUUUUAAAAUGCUGUAUCUGUCUAUUUUGUUUUUGAACAGUUGUGUGGGGAAGCCUUUUUAAGAGCAAGCAAGCUGGCACUUUUUUUUCUCUUUGCAGAUGAUGGGAUUAUUUUGCACUUGUACAUUUAUUUUAUCUGUAUUGAUUAUUUUAUUGGUAUGUUAAACUUUAUUGCCACAUUUAAAAGACUAUUUUCAUACUUUUCAUCUACCGAUCUAUGUGCAUUGGAUUGCACACUAAGAUGUAUUUUCUUAUGAAAUAGUUGUGUUUAUUUUUUAAUUAUAGAAAUUCCAAAGAACAGCACAUCAAAAUGCUCCUCUCUUGUCAGUAAUUAUUUUAGUUCAGAAAUCUUCUCACUCAAUCUCCAUACAUUUAAUGUCAUUCUUUUUUAGUAAAUCCUGAGAGCUGGUCUUCAUUCCUCCAUCGAGAGUCCAGUCAGGGUCCUGAGAUUUGCCGGUUCUGUAGAGAACAGGAAGGAGAAAAGGCUUUUAUGCCCAGGCGGACGCUGUUGCGCUACUCAGGGUGUGG